AGAUGAGGCAGUAGCGAGUGUGACAGCGUGGCUUUGGCUUCUUCUUUGCGCUCCUCCUUCCUACCACGCUCGCUGUUCUCUCCUCCUCUUGUUCCUCUUCCCCAUCUUCCUGCUUCUCUUCGCACUCUCCUCUACCUCUCCUCUUCCUCGUACUCUCCUUGACAGCUCAGCCAUGGCCUCUUCAGAGACCUUGGCCGACCGCUCCGUCGUCAAGCAUCUCAAGGAGGAGUUUGUUUCCGGCCUAACUGGCGGCUCCAUCCAGGAGAUCAACAUCGUCACCCUCGUCGCCCUCUCCUCAUACGCCGUCUGGUGUGCCCUGCAGACGCGCUUUGCUUUUUUCGCUCGCUCCUCCUCGUCCUCCAGAACCCCCUCGCUCCCUGCACUCAUCGUCGACUUCUUCCUCAACUGGGUCCUCCUCCUCUUCUCAAUAACAAUAUACGCCUCUCAUCCCUUUGCAUUAAACCUCCUCAUUCUCGCCCCCGUCCUCGUCAUCUCACUCGGCUUCCGUUCCCUCGUCGCCGUCCGUCAGCGCACUACCCAGACCAUACUAAAACGUCGCGACCGUCAGAUCCGCAACGCUGCUGCCGCCUCAAUACCAUACGAUGUUUCCGACAGUUCAGCGAACUCACUCAACUCCUCGCUUUCUAAUCACCUCAUCUCCACCGAUUCGCAGUCGCCAGCAACUUUUGUCUCCUCCUCGCACGCGCCCCUGACUUCUUCUACCACAACCACCUCCUCAUUCUCCAACUCAUCGACUUCUGCCCACCACCCCCUUGUCUCCACCUCCCCUUCCUCAUCGUCAUCUUCUUCUUCGAUCUCAUCAAUGUCUGUCGACGCGUACCUACCAAGAAAAUCCUUCCUUACCACCUACCGCGCCGGAAUGAUGGUGAUCACGUGCAUCGCUAUUCUUGCUGUCGACUUCCGAAUAUUCCCCCGCCGCUUCGCCAAAGUAGAGACCUGGGGCACUUCGUUGAUGGAUCUUGGAGUUGGAAGUUUUGUGUUUUCUAUGGGCCUUGUUUCGGCGCGCAGCCUGCUAAAAGAGAGGUUUUUGAAGACAACUCCCGGAAUCGGCGAGCAGCUCGUACGAUCAAUCAGGCAAGCGGCUUCGGUUUUGAUCUUGGGUCUGCUCCGCUUGAUCCUUGUCAAAGCUAUUGACUAUCAAGAGCAUACUUCCGAAUACGGCGUUCACUGGAAUUUCUUCAUGACCCUCGGCCUGCUACCACCUAUAGUCACUUUGCUCAACUACUUCUGGUCCGGCGUUAGCUUCUCCUCCGCUCUAUCCCUUCUCGUCGGCAUCAUCUACGAAGCCUGUCUUGGUUUCACUCCUCUCACCAAGUUUAUUUUGACUGCGCCCCGAACUGGACUGCUUUCGAUGAACAAAGAAGGGAUAUUCUCUUUCUUUGGUUACCUUUCGAUUUUCUUGGCUGGUCAGACUACUGGAUUCUAUACCCUACCUUCAUCACCAAAGUACAUCAGAUUCCCAUUCAUUUCGAGGAUACUAGGAGUUGGAUCAGGAUCUUCAAGCGGCUCUAUAAAUCCCGUCGUCGCGUCUCGGCGGUCGAUGCUUGCUUAUCUGAUAGUCGCAGGCCUAGGGCAUGCGGCUCUUUUCCAAAUCUGCACAAAAGGGCUAAACCUUAGCGUUUCGCGUCGGAUUGCCAACCUUCCUUACGUGCUUUGGGUUACAUCAUACAACAUCAUGUAUCUGCUGAUGUAUCUCCUCGUUGAAUUCAUCUUCUUUCCAAUCUCCGAUCACGCGCCUGUCAGUGAAGUCAUCAAAUACGAGGAAUCAGUCCCAUGGGGUCUCGAGGCAGUCAACGACAACGGACUUGCCAUAUUCCUGCUGGCAAACAUCCUCACCGGUGCUAUCAACCAGGCAGUCUACACAUUGAACGUCAAGAACUUCAAAGCAUUGCUCUUGCUCGUCAUGUACUCUGCUGCCUUGGCUGGCACAGCCGGAUUGAUGAAAGUCAAAGGGUGGAAAAUAAAAAUAUGAAAGUUUUAUUCUCUCUUACCAUUUUUGGUGUUCUUUUCUUUUAUUUCAUUGUUUUUCCCGCACAGUCAGUAUCGCUAGCGAGGGUCAGCUGGCUUUAAAAGUAUCAUAUCUCUGUUUCUAUAUCUUUCGCCCUUCAUGACUUG